AUAAGUACCUUGUGCAAUAAAUAAAUAUAAGCAAGAGAUUGGAGGGAGUACAGUCAGUAGUUUCCACCUAUUGUAGUGUUAAUUGAGCAUCACUAAUAAGUACCCGUGGUGGUGGCAAAAUGUUACUGAUCGGGUGUGUCUUGGCCGUAUUGGCCCUAGUAGCAGAAAGUGAAGCAUACAGUUGUCCGACAUGCUACAAAUCCGCUUGCUUAGCCGACAACGUCCCCACGUUAAAAUGCACAAGAACCGCCACCGUACUACCCCUGGGUGAAAUUACAAUUAAUUUAAGCGGGAAUACUGAAUACGGCUGCUUGGAACUCGAGUAUAUUGAAGAUGGCGAGCAGCAAUGGCUUAAACAGUGUGUAACGAGUAAUGAGGAAGGCGAUCUUUGUGAAACCCUUAAAAAGGAAUUAGAUGUUACAUUCUGUAAUGUGGUUAAGCAAUCUGACAACACUGGAAAGCUGAGAAAAGCUCUUUCUUCUGGAAAUAACAAUUCCCCUUCCGACAAUAGCUCUUUCCAUUCCGACAAAAGCACUUCCCCUUCCGAAAAAAGCACUUCCCCUUCUGAUGUUAGCACUUCCCCUUCCGAAAAAAGCACUUCCCCUUCCGACACAAGCACUUCCCCUUCCGACAAAAGCACUUCCCCUUCCGAAAAAAGCACUUCUCCUUCUGAUGUUAGCACUUCCCCUUCCGAAAAAAGCACUUCCCCUUCCGACACAAGCACUUCCCCUUCCGACAAAAGCACUUCCCCUUCCGAAAAAAGCACUUCCCCUUCUGAUGUUAGCACUUCCCCUUCCGACAAAAGCACUUCCCCUUCCGACAAAAGCACUUCCCCUUCCGAAAAAAGCACUUCCCCUUCUGAUGUUAGCACUUCCCCUUCCGAAAAAAGCACUUCCCCUUCCGACACAAGCACUUCCCCUUCCGACAAAAGCACUUCCCCUUCCGAAAAAAGCACUUCCCCUUCUGAUGUUAGCACUUCCCCUUCCGACAAAAGCACUUCCCCUUCCGACAAAAGCACUUCCCCUUCCGACACAAGCACUUCCCCUUCUGAUAACAGCACUUCCCCUUCCGACAAAAGCACUUCCCCUUCCGACAAAAGCACUUCCCCUUCCGACACAAGCACUUCCCCUUCUGAUAACAGCACUUCCCCUUCUGAUGUUACCACUUCCCCUUCCGAAAAAAGCACUUCCCCUUCCGACAAAAGCACUUCCCCUUCCGACAAAAGCACUUCCCCUUCCGACAAAAGCACUUCCCCUUCCGACAAAAGCACUUCCCCUUCCGACAAAAGCACUUCCCCUUCCGACAAAAGCACUUCCCCUUCCGACAAAAGCACUUCCCCUUCCGACACAAGCACUUCCCCUUCUGAUAACAGCACUCCCUCUUCUAAUCCUUCCAGUGAACCUACGAACCCCACAAACCCAACCAAGUCUCCAACCUCAGAACAGCCGGAAACAACCACGGCCGCAUCCAAUAAAUUACCAAUUCAAUCCUUCGUUACUGUGGUAGCCUUCGUGACUGCCUUAACAGUUAUUUUAUAUUAGUAAUUACUACCAAUAAAAUCGUUAUUUAACAUUAAA